GGCCCGCAGUGGUGCCGGUGGUGCCGAGCGCCGACGUCCACGUGUGCGGUGUCGCGGGGUAGCGGCCGGCUUUGGCCCUCCCUGAUUUCCCUGGCCUGUGGGUCCGCUGCCUGCGAAGAUGCCGAAGAUCAAGUCAGGGGCGAGCGGCCGCCGCCGCCAGCGGCAAGAACAGCGCCGGGAGCUGAAGAGCGUCGGAGGACUCAUGUUCAACACGGGGAUUGGGCAGCACAUUUUGAAAAAUCCUCUCAUUGUUAACAGCAUUAUCGAUAAGGCUGCCUUACGACCCACUGAUGUGGUGCUGGAAGUGGGACCUGGAACUGGCAAUAUGACUGUAAAGUUGCUAGAAAAGGCAAAAAAGGUAAUUGCCUGUGAACUUGACCCAAGGCUAGUAGCUGAACUUCACAAAAGAGUUCAGGGCACGCCUCUGGCCAGCAAACUUCAAGUAAUGGUGGGUGAUGUGUUGAAAACAGAUUUGCCAUUUUUUGAUGCUUGUGUGGCAAAUUUGCCUUAUCAGAUCUCUUCUCCUUUUGUCUUCAAGCUGUUGCUGCACCGACCUUUUUUCAGAUGUGCUGUGCUUAUGUUUCAAAGAGAAUUUGCUCUGCGACUGGUUGCAAAACCUGGAGAUAAGUUAUAUUGCAGACUAUCAAUUAAUACACAGCUGUUAGCACGUGUGGACCAUCUAAUGAAAGUCGGAAAGAAUAACUUCAGGCCACCACCUAAGGUGGAAUCCAGUGUCGUAAGGAUAGAACCUAAGAAUCCACCACCACCUAUCAAUUUUCAGGAAUGGGAUGGCUUAGUACGGAUCACCUUUGUUAGGAAAAACAAGACCCUGUCUGCUGCGUUUAAGUCAAGUGCAGUGCAACAGCUAUUGGAAAAAAAUUACAGAAUUCACUGUUCAGUCCAUAAUACUAUAAUACCAGAAGAUUUCAGCAUAGCAGAUAAAAUACAGCAAAUCCUAACCAGCACAGGUUUUAGUGACAAGCGUGCCCGUUCCAUGGACAUAGAUGACUUCAUCAGAUUGCUACAUGGAUUCAAUGCAGAAGGUAUCCAUUUUUCUUAGGUAUCUGGAAGACAGAAUGUUUCAAAUUCAAGAAAAGAAACUGGGAUUGUAUACUUUUAAUAAUUUGAGAAGAUGAACUAUGCUUUUGCUCUACUGGGA